CUCGUCAUUUUCACAAACAAAGCGCGUCAAGUGCGACAGUUUUCGACUUAAAUUAAUUAAAACAGUGAUUAACGCAAGUUUAUUGAACCUUUAAACGAUGGGCGCUGCAUUGGGCCUCUGUUCGGUAGCGCAGUGUGCGCUCUGCUGCACGGGCACCGCGGCCAGCAUGUGCUGCUCGGCCUGCCCCACCUGCAAGAACUCCUCCUCGUCCCGUUUCAUGUACGCCUUCAUGCUGCUGGUGGGCACAGUUCUGGGCGCCAUCGCACUCUCGCCCGGCCUGCAGGGCACGCUGAAGAAGCUGCCGUUCUGUGUGAACUCCACUUCGACAAUUAGCUCCACGGCAAUAGGCACAUUCUCGGGCGGCACACUGCAGGUGGACUGUGAAUAUGCCCUUGGCUACAUGGCCGUCUAUCGCCUCUGCUUUGGUCUGGCCUGUUUCUUUACCCUGAUGGCGGUCAUAAUGCUGGGCGUGAAGAGCUCUCGAGAUCCGCGCUCCCAUAUCCAGAAUGAGUUUUGGCCUCUGAAGUUUUUGAUAUGCUUUGGCGCCUCCAUUGCGGCCAUCUUCAUACCGGAUGGCUCCUUUGGACCGGCCAUGAUGUGGGUGGGCCUAGUUGGCGGGCUGGCGUUCAUACUCGUCCAGCUGAUCAUCAUUGUGGACUUUGCGCACAGCGUCGCCGAGAACUGGAUUGAGAAUGCGGAGAACAAUCGCGGCUAUUAUUAUGCCUUGGCUGGCGUGACUCUUCUGGCCUACAUAGCCUCCCUGACGGGCAUAACUCUACUCUACAUCUACUUUACCACAUCGACGGGCUGCGGCAUCAACAAGUUCUUCAUCUCGAUUAAUCUGAUAUUCUGCCUGGUUAUCAGCAUUUUGUCUGUGCUGCCCGCGGUGCAGGAACGCUUGCCCCACUCGGGACUGCUGCAGAGCUCGCUGGUGACUUUGUACACCAUUUACUUGACCUGGUCCGCUGUGGCCAACAAUCCGGAAAAGGCCUGCAAUCCGGGCAUGUUUGGACUCAUGGAGGGCUUGCCCAAUGCCACCACCACAACCGUUGCACCGCCCACACCCAACUCGAAAGUCACCUUCGAUACGACCAACAUUAUUGGCCUGGUUGUCUGGCUGCUGUGCAUCCUCUACAACUGCUUCAGCUCCGCCGUCGAGGUCUCCAAGAUUAACAAUGACAACAGCGAGAAGCGUGUUUUAACAGAAGCUCUAUCAGACACAGAGACGGGCAACGGCGGCGAGAAGCCCGCCACCGACAACGAGACCGAGGGCGUCACCUACAGCUGGACCGCAUUCCACACCGUCCUCGUUUGCGCUUCCCUCUACGUGAUGAUGACGCUGACCAAUUGGUAUAAGCCCAACUCGGACAUAGAGCUGAUCAAUGGCAACGAGGCUUCCAUGUGGGUCAAAAUCAUAUCCAGCUGGCUGGGCGUAUUCAUCUACGGCUGGAGCCUGAUUGCGCCCAUUGUGCUAUCCAAUCGCGACUUUAGCUAAGCUGGCCAGCAGUAUUAAAACUAACAUAUUCUAUGUAUACGUAUAUAAAUUAUAAAUGUAGGCGUGGUCUAUUAUGCAGCCUGGACAAUGGAGCGGUGCUUAAGCGAAUGUUUGCCAUGAUUAUAUUUACUCAAUAAUCGUACUCUCAAAAUAUAACAAAGAUAAAUAACUAUAUAUAUA